UCAUUUGUUUUGACACACUUCCUCAUUCUACCACAUACAAAAAGAGAGAGAAUAAAGUGAAGCAAAGCCACUAGGGUUUUAGACACUCACAAAGUGAGAGAAAGAGAGGAAGAGGAAGAUUUAGAGUUAAGGUAUUUGUUAUUAGCUACCAAGAGAAGAAUGGUGGCAGACAAGGGCAAGAAGACCAAAGUAGAAGAAGAAAACGCUGAGCCCAUCGACUCAGAACUUGUUCUGUCCAUCGAGAAGCUUCAAGAGAUCCAAGAUGAGCUUGAAAAGAUUAAUGAAGAGGCAAGUGAGAAAGUUUUAGAAGUGGAGCAGAAAUAUAGUGAGAUACGCAAGCCAGUCUAUGAUAAGCGGAAUGACAUCAUUAAAUCCAUUCCUGACUUCUGGUUAACUGCUUUUAUUAGUCAUCCUGCUCUUGGUGAACUUUUGAGUGAUGAAGAUCAAAAGAUAUUCAGGCACUUGAGCUCUUUGGAGGUGGAGGAUUUUAAAGAUGUCAAAUCAGGAUACUCUAUUACAUUUAACUUCAACCCCAAUCCUUAUUUUGAGGAUUCCAAACUUACAAAGACUUUCACCUUCCUUGAUGAUGAAGGUUCAAUGAAAAUUACUGCUACAACAAUAAAGUGGAAAGAGGGAAUGGGUUUACCGAAUGGAGUUAAUCAUGAGAAGAAAGGAAACAAGCGGCCAUUUGCUGAAGAAAGUUUCUUUAGUUGGUUUAGUGAUACUCAGGAGAAGGAUACCAUGGACGGCAUGCAUGAUGAUGUUGCAGAGAUCAUCAAGGAGGAUUUAUGGCCCAAUCCUCUCACUUACUUUAACAAUGAAGCUGAUGAAGAGUUUGAAGGGGAUGAAGCUGAUGAAGAGGGAAAAGAAGACGAUGACUCUGACGAUGAUGAGGAUGAUCAAGAAGAUGAUGAUGACGAAGAUGGUGAUGACGACGGCAACUGAGUUAUCUUCAACCGAACACUCACUUAUAUUAGCUUUAUCUGCUUUGGUAUCAACUUGGUGUAAAGUUGUCUCUAGUGGUUUCUUUAGUAAGAUGAUGGGGAAGGUGACCAACUUGACUCUUUCAUGAUAGUUUUCUAUAGUGUGUAAGCAACAUCUAUCAUCACAGGCCAUAGUUCUGACUGUUAUUUAUUUUUACUUAAAAGGCCCUUCUAUCAUGUUUUCUUCUUGA